UCGGCCAGCGAGGCACAGCUCGGAGCGGCCGGCCCUCUCUCCCUCCCCCACCCCCCCCUGCUGCCUGCAUGCAUGUACUGUCCCCCGGCUCCAGCCAGCAGCCAGGCCCACACGGAGAGCAGCAGCAGGCGGACAGGCAGCCAGGCAGGCGAGAGCACAGCGCGCUGAAUGCAGCACUCAACUUCAUACUACAAAAGGGCUGCUGACAGGAGGCACAAUGGUUUCAGACUAACAGGGAUGCCAAAAGAAAAAUAUGACCCUCCUGAUCCUCGCAGAAUUUAUACCAUCAUGUCAGCAGAGGAGGUGGCCAAUGGAAAGAAGUCUCACUGGGAUGAAUUGGAGAUUUCUGGUAGGGUGCGGAGCUUGAGUACAUCACUCUGGACUUUGACGCAUCUUACAGUGCUCCACCUCAGUGAUAAUAACCUCUCUCGUAUUCCACCUGAUAUUGCCAAGCUCCAAAAUCUGGUUUAUUUGGACCUUUCAUCCAAUAAGCUCAGAAAUUUACCAGCAGAGCUAGGGAACGUAGUGUCUCUCAGGGAAUUGCUUUUAAAUAACAAUCUGUUACGGGUUUUACCUUAUGAACUGGGGCGACUGUUUAGGCUUCAGACCCUGGGGUUAAAAGGCAACCCUUUACCACAGGAAAUCCUUAGUCUAUACCAAGAACCGGAUGGGAUCCGAAAGCUACUGAAUUACAUGCUUGACAAUCUACAAGUUCAUCCAGAACAGCUGCCUCACAGACCAUGGAUAACAUUAAAAGAACGAGACCAAAUUCUUCCCUCAGUUUCAUUCACAGUUAUGUGCUUCAAUGUGCUGUGUGAUAAAUAUGCUACUCGGCAGCUCUAUGGCUACUGUCCCUCCUGGGCGUUAAGCUGGGAAUACAGGAAGAAAGGAAUAAUGGAUGAAAUAGUCAGCUGUGAUGCCGAUAUCAUCAGUCUUCAGGAAGUUGAAACCGAGCAAUACUAUGCCCUUUUCCUGCCAGAAUUAAAGGGACGUGGAUAUGAUGGUUUCUUUUCUCCAAAGUCACGUGCCAAAAUAAUGUCGGAACAAGAACGGAAGCACGUGGACGGUUGUGCAAUAUUCUUCAGGACAGAUAAAUUUACACUGGUGCAAAAGCACACAGUUGAAUUUAACCAGGUAGCCAUGGCGAAUUCUGAAGGUUCUGAAGCCAUGCUGAACAGGGUGAUGACAAAAGACAACAUAGGUGUCACAGUGUUGUUGGAAGUUCAUAAAGAAGCCUCUGGGGGAGGAAUGAAACCACAUCAUGCAGGUGAAAAGCAGCUUCUGAUGGUAGCAAAUGCCCAUAUGCACUGGGACCCAGAGUACUCUGACGUUAAGCUUAUCCAGACCAUGAUGUUUGUCUCUGAAUUGAAAAGCAUUAUUGAAAAGGCAGCAAUUAGGCCUGGAAGUCCAACUCCUGACCCAAGCUCUAUACCCUUUGUGUUGUGUGCUGAUCUCAACUCAUUGCCAGAUUCAGGUGUGGUGGAAUAUCUGACUAAUGGGGUUGUAGCAGACAAUCACAAAGACUUUAAGGAGCUGCGCUACAAUGAGUGUCUCACAAACUUCAGCUGCAAUGGGAAGAAUGGGACCCCGGAUGGAAGAAUUACACACGGCUUCCAGCUGAAGAGCGCCUAUGAAAACAACUUGAUGCCUUACACCAAUUACACCUUUGAUUUCAAAGGUGUUAUUGACUACAUCUUCUAUUCCAAGACACACAUGGACGUGCUUGGUGUCCUUGGGCCUUUAGAUCCUCAGUGGAUGGCGGAAAACAACAUAGCCGGCUGCCCCCAUCCCCAUAUCCCUUCUGACCACUUCUCACUGUUAACGCAGCUGGAACUCCACCCUCCACUUCUGCCUCUUAUCAAUGGGGUUCACUUGCCAAGCAGGAGGUAGUGUCGGCUUAUGGCUGGGCACUUGUUCUCAUGGACCUGUACAGCUGUAAAAGCAAGUCUGUAGGAGUGAAGUAUGGCCAACGUUAAGCUGCUUUUUCACGGCUCCCCUUCUGUCAGUGCCGUGAUUCUGCGUCUUGAUGCAGGGAGGCAUUUUGUGGCAUUAGAGCUGGUACAAAAGGGGUUCUCCCAACUUUUUUCCUUUUUUUUUUUCUCUCUUUUUAAGGAUGCUUACUUUUUAUUUUCAUCAUGCCUGCAUUUUUGUUCCUUCACAUGUAUGAGAUUUCUAUUUGUAAAUUUAGAAGACCAGAUAGAAAAGUAACCCCAGAACUACCUUUUUGUAUGUGUGCACACAUUACAUUAAUUUGUCUCCAUAUUAGUUCAUUUAUGGACCUCUGCCCAGUUCUUAACUGCCCCUUAAUGUCUCAAAACUGUCACCUAAAUUUAGAAACUUUGAAGAAAUUAUAUUUUUUUUUUUUUUUUUUUUUUUUAAUUGAUUUUACCCUGCUAUUUAAAGAAUAAAUUAACUUUGGUCCAGAGGUUUUGCACAAUUAGGCAUGUUUAUUGCAAUUUUUUGCAUAUUACCUCUGCCACCUUUUUAAUUACUGAACUCCUGAAUGUAUGGGGGGGAAGGGCGUUGUGUUGGAUAAAUACACCUUUAGUCUUUACGUACUAUUGGAUGACCACUAGUCUUAGGUUUUUACCUUGUGUGACCAUUUUCAUUUACCAUGACUAUCGGAUUUCAAAAGGAACCCAAAGCAUUUUGUAUGUUGGUAGCUUAUGAUUUACUUUUUUUUUUUUUUUUUUUUUUUUUUUAU